UAUUAGUUUUUUAUUCACAGAAAACACCAACAUUUUGGUAUUUCUGGUGUGGUGAAACAGUGAAGCACAUGUAGAGGAUAAUAACACCGGAGAAAUUUGAACCUCUCCGAUAUGUUUCGUCAUCGGCUGAAGACUCCUACAGCCAUGGUUGUGUUUUCUUGGUGAUAGCAUAUCAUCUUUGCGGUGCUUACCAGAUAAACAGUCGAUAUUUUUGUUGCUGCUUUUUUAGCUAGAAAUCUGACGUUAAAUUGUGUCGUCGGUGUUUGUUAGUUUUAUCAGGCACAUCACCUGUCUAUUGUUGUGCUGUUUCGAAAGCUAGUUUUUGCUAACAGCGACAGGCGACUGGUUGUACAGUCGAGGGGAAGUGCAUGUUUUCGUUUUUUCUGCCGUUAGUUCAAGGAUAUUGCAUAAUGUGGCGCUAAGCUGGUGAUAUAGCUUAGCCCGUUUUAUUUUAAAAACACGCCCUUUAUCUCUUAACGCCCAUUACUAACGUUUGAGUAGCAUUAGUUGUAUUUUACAAUGGGAAUCAGCAGGAUUUUCAUUAGCAUAGGAUAUGCUACCUUUGGCACACUGGUGGGACUUUCGGCUUUCUUGGUCUGGAAUAUAGCUUAUAAACAGCCAUGGACGGCGGCCAUGGGAGGCCUGUCAGGAGUGAUGGCGCUCUGGGCUCUUGUUACACACAUCAUGUACCUGCAGGACUACUGGCGUACCUGGCUCAAAGGCCUCAAGUUCUUCAUCACUGUCGGUGUGGUCUUCUCAGUUUUGGCUGUGGCUGCCUUCAUCACCUUCCUCACUCUCGCCAUCACACAGAAGCAAUCUCCAACUGACCCAAGGAGCCUCUACCUCUCCUGUGUGUGGAGCUUCAUGACUCUCAAAUGGUCCUUCCUCUUGGCCUUGUACUCGUACAGAUACCGCCAGGAGUUUGCAGACAUCAGCAUCCUCAGCGAUUUCUAGUCAGCACUGAUUUUAUAGACUGCGAUGGACUUUGAGGGGUUUAGGCUGCCAGCAGGAGCUGGUCAAAGAGCUUUUGCAACAAAGAGGAGGAAAAGCAGACAUGUAUAGAUUAAAAAGUCAUCUGACUUUUAACACAUGGAGUUGCACUUGCUGCACUUGCUUAACAAGCUCUGUAUUUGUAUUGUAACCUGCUCUCCUACUUUUAAUGACCCACAUAUUAUAUUCCUGUAUGUAGUCAUGAGUCUAAACCUCUGAAGACUGGAACUGCUUUUGAAAAGUUUGUUCACAGACACUUAUGAAGAAAUGUGCGGGUGGUUUUUCAGACAGAUUUUAUCUUGGGAUUGUUUAAUCUUAAAACAACUAAUAUGUAACUGGAAACCCCCACCUUAACUGGCUUUUGAUCCAAUGCUUAGUUUUUAAAAUGAAAGUGAAAAUACUUGCCGAGCUGAUAAUCCUCAGAACCAAAUCUAAAACCUUUUACUGGAAACCACUCCGCUAAUACGAAGCUGACGUUGUUCGUUGGAAUGCUUGAUUGUUUUUUUUUCCCAAAUGAGCUUCUUCAUAGUCGCAGUACUGAAUCACAGACAGUCGCUGUCUUAUCGUCCGUGUAGUCAGUCGUUUAGUUCCCGUCAUUAUCAGUGAAGCAGUUUCAGGAAAUGUUUGAAAAAUUAAAUCACAGAUUUAAAUAGAUGCACUCUCAUUUAAACAUUUUUUUUAAAAGAGAUGUAAUGUACUUGGAGAAGAUCCCAAGGAUGAAAGUGUUUUCUAUUUCUCCCCUCUCUUUUUUUUAUGUAAAAAAAAAAAAAAUGAUUGGUUGUCUAUCAUGCUUGAAGAAAAGGCAGUCCUGUGCAAUUUUGUGCUUUUCAUCUUUUGUUCCACCAGAUGGAGACUUGCUUUGUCUGUCAAGAGUCCGUUUGAAAAUUGUAACAUUCCUCUCUAGAGAAAACACAAAUGGAUUUGAUAAAUAUUUGCACUUUAGUCUUUGAUAUUGAUGCCAUUGUUUUGCACACUAAUCCCAAUACAGUGGGGAAGAAAAAAAAUCAUGUUCUACACAUUGUAAUCUCUGUCUCACCCUUUCUAAUGUUGAAAUACACUAUUUAUAUGUAUCAUUUAUUUUAGCCAGUAUGAUUUGUGUAAGUCAAGUUUAAUUAGGCUUUGUAAGUGACUAGGCUUUGUAAGUGGUUUGGUUCCAGCUGUAGCUUAUGUCUACCUUUUACCAUAAAACAUGUUAAAAUGUAUUUUUUGUUGAUGAGAGAAUGAAUGUGAGGAUGCUACAUGUAUAUAGAAAAUGAUCCCAUUAAAGAUGCAUUUAUUGUUAAUUA